AUGUCUAAUUCAAUAAAACCCACUGCCUCAAGGCAAUUCAUAUCAGCAACUCCUGAUUUUUUGGAAGAUGAUACAUCUGGGUGGAAGUCCGACCAACCGUCAUUCAAUAUCGAAAAUGUGCAACUUCAAUUUGAUUUACGAAAUGGGCUCCAGAACUUAUUAGUGUCAAAUAAUUUCAUGUAUGUUUUGUCUUCUAACAUUGUUUUCAGAAUCGAUUUGGACAAUCCAUCAAUUCCUACAAAAAUUAUGGUCCCAAUGCUGAACGAUGGACUGAAAGUCACCAAUUGGUGGCUUCAUCCCAAUGGAAAGUUCUUGAUUGUGCAAGUCAAUAACAAUCAGUAUUUUCAUCUUCACAGUCAGUAUUUAAAAUUCAAAAUUCUCCCAAGAUUCAAGGGGCUAAAUAUCGAACAUAUAUGCUUUGGAGAUAAACAUUCCCAUCAGAGCACCGGUGAUUUUCUUUUAUCCUCUAAAGAUGGAAAUAUUUAUGUAGCAAGCAUCAAAUUUCACGAACCCGGAGUUCAGGAUAAGAAGCGUGACGACAAGUAUGUUAAGCAAUUGCACAGGCUUGACGGGACUAUUCAUGGACUUUUAUUCUCAAACAAUAGCACACAGAUACAGAUAUUCGUGGAUGAUGAAAUAUUAGUGUGGGACUGUUUUGAGCCAGUCAUGGCGGAACUCACGAGAGUCUUUCGGCAGCCUCCAAAGAAGUUGCCCAUUACACUCCUGAAUGAGCAACCGGUCUUUUUUAUAAAGCAACUGAACUUUUACCUCGUGGAUCCCUUAACUGGAGACAUUUACUCCAAUGACGAAGAGAUUCAAAUGUCCUCUACUGACAAAAUGAACCUAGGGGAAUUUGGCUUAUUCGGCGGACGAAACUCUUUCAUCGUGACGUCCCAUCAUAUCAUUUGUUUGUCACAAUCGCGAGAUUCUUUGAUUAUAUUUAGCAAGCUUGUUCUUCAAAGUCCUAUUGUCAUUCCCCUUGGACCUCACAUUGAAGCUCGGGAACAGGUUUUCGGUCUUGUUUCAGAUGUUUUGGGUAACACACAUUGGAUUUACACUUCUGACGGGAUCUAUGAGAUUCUUAUUUCAAAUGAAUCUAUUUCUGUUUGGUAUAAUUACUACAGAGUUGGAAAUUAUGAACAAGCUUUGAGAUUAUUGGAGGCCAGUAAUGUGCCGAGCUCGUCAUUAAAGAAGAAUUUGGUUUUAGUAAAACAAGGUUAUGAUUUACUUCAAAAAGGAGAUUUCGGUCUCCAACCACUGAGCCAUAGUCAUGAAGCUUACAAUCUUCAACUUGAAGGAGUUAGACAAUUGGCUAGACUGAAGGAGCCAUUCGAAAAAGUUUGUUUGAUGCUUUUCGGUUUGCAGGAAUCAAACUUUGAUGUAUCUUUAGUUGCGAACAAACUUCUCUUGGAGUAUUUGAAGGUGAAAUUUUCCCUUUCUAAGGAUUCCAACAACAGAACUCGAAUUGUAGUAUUGUCGAGUUGGAUUGUGCAACUACUGUUAAGAGUUAUCCAAACUUUGGAAUCCCGACUUAGGAUUGAUGAUAUCGAUAAUUUUGCUAGUUAUACCGAAAAUUAUAAUACGGGAAAGGAUGCUUUGAAGAAGUCCCUUGAUGAGUUCAACAGUUCUCUCGACGAAUUUUUGAAAGCCAAUUACAAAUUGGUCGAUUCCAUUACAAUUUAUGAAAUUCUUCGGGGAAUGGGGUUCCCAUUGAAAUUGCUUUCGUUUGCAGAAUUAUUGGAGGAAUAUGAUUUUAUCCUCAACUAUUACAUUGAAAGAGAACAAUGGAGCAAUGCGCUUAAGGCUCUUUCGAAAUUGUUCGUUAAAAGCAAGGAAAGAGCCCUCGAGGCAAUGCAACGCACCUCUACUGUUCUUCUCAUUAACUAUGCAUCAGGCACUAUAGAGGCUUGGCUUCGCUUCCCUGAGGUCUAUUAUGAAGCAUUGUUACCCGCUAUUUUAACAUACAAUAGAAACGGCGAAUAUGCUCCAUUCAAUCAGAAUCCCACCAUGCAAUUUUUUCUGCGUUUGAUAUUUGAAAAAGGCAUACAAAGCCAGGUCAUGAAUGAUUACUACCUAGCACUUCUCGUAACUUAUCCUCCGCAGGAUGAUGAGGAUGAAAUCAAUACAGCUCUUAUUAAGACUAUAGAGUAUCUUAAGAAAGAGAAUCUGAAUCAACUUCGAAAAGGAAAGCAGUACGACUCUGAAUAUCUUCUUCGACUUUGUUUGAAGCACAAUAAGGUUGACGCAGCAAUAUUCAUUCUUGUUAAGGAUUUGCAUUUGUUUGAUACUGCUUUGAAACUUGCUAUAGAUCAAAAUUUGGUAUCUGCUGCAGAAUUCGUUCUACAGCUGUUCAACGAAUAUGUCUCAAAUAAUAACAAACCAGGAAGUGGUGAGCAUGUUACCACUGGUCAAGAAGAAGAAAGUCAAUUCACAAACCAUAUUAAACUUGAGGAUACUAAUUUUGCUUCCCGAAAGAGAUUGUGGAUGAUUUAUGCAAAAUACUUAAUUACCAGUGUUUGCAACGGUGUUCAUUUUAAUACCUUGGAAAAUAAUAAUGAACUACUGAUUGCCAAUUCACAAUUUAAGAAGAUUAAAAGCAACAAUGAAGUGAUCUUAGCAAAUGGAAUUGGUGAAAGAGGUAGCGCAGAUACGGAUACCAAGUUGAAAUCCCAAGAGUUGAAUAAAGUUUUGAACUACAUUCUCCAUCUUAAUCGAGAAGAUGAAACUAUAAGUAUUCUUACUUUGAAGGAUUUGUUACCCUUAUUACCAGAAGAUGUUUUGAUAACCAGUUUCAAGGAAGAAAUUGUGGAUUCCUUGGAUAAUUAUAAUAAUCGCAUCAACCAACUAUCUCUUGAGAUGCAAGAAUCUGCUGAAAUUGCUGAUAAAUUGAAAGGACAAAUCUUGAAUUCUGAAGCACGUGAGAAGUCCGGUUCACUUUUCACAAUUAUCGAACCCGGUGAGCCUUGCAAACUAUGUGAGCGACUACUUAUUGAUAAAAAUUUUCUUGCUUUCCGCAAUUGUCAUCAUUGUUUCCACAAGGACUGCGCUAUUCGUUAUUACCUUAAACUGAGAGGUGAUUACAGGUUUAAAAAGAUCUUCCAAAACUUCAAGAUAAAUUCUUCGGUUACAGAUGAAAGAGAGCUUGAUGACAUUUUGUUGUCCAAUUGUUUGUUAUGCAAUGACAGCAGUAUUAACUCUGUUGAUGAAUAUCUUGUGGACUUUGAAAACCAAGUCGAAGAAAAAAAAGAUUGGGAUUUGUGA